UCUCGCCCCUCGCAGCAAGCAGCAGCCUCCUCCGCUCCUUGGUAUGCCACGUGCCCUGCCGUCCUACCUACCUUCCGGCGCGACGCCCAGGCGAGACGGCAGACGACGAUCACGCCGCCGACAGCCGGGCCUCGCGUCUACGCUACUGGCAUUGACGAGUGUGCGCGGCCCGUGUCAUACGCAGCCAGCUCCCGCGUUAAUUUCUCGUUAAGCUAAACCGCCCCGAGGAGAGAUGGAGGACUAGACGCAAUCCCACGCGAAUCCCAGCGGAUCGAGCCCAGCAGCACGAGAGGAGUGUCCCACCCUGCGACAGGAGGAGGAGGGGGCCCACGAUGCAGGCGCAGAGGUCUCCGGCGAUGGUCGGGGGCGGUGGCGCCGCGGGUGCGUGUGCGGCGCCGGUGGGGAUGCCGUCUCCGGCAACGGUGCCGAUGCGGCGGCGGUGUGAGGGUACGGCCAUGGGGGCCAUCACCAUUGACCUCCGCCCCGGCCUCGGCGUCGGCCCCUUCACCCUUGGGAUGCCAAUUUCCAAUGCGUUUGCGCAGAUAGAGCACCAGCCCAACAUCUACGACGUUGUCCACGUGAAGUACUUCGACGAGAGACUCCGUCUCAUAGAGAUUUAUGAUGUUAAGAGACUGCAAUUGCGAUAUGCAACAUCUUUGAUUGGCGGUCCAGCAACAUUAGCGACUUUUGCAGCUGUUUAUGCACUGUUCGGACCAACUUUCCCUGGUAUAUAUGACAAAGAGAGAGGCAUUUAUACGCUGUUCUACCCAGUAUGUCGCUUAUCCUUUGGAUUCCCUAUCCCCAGCCAAUAUACAAAUCUCUUCACCAAUGGGGAAGUGGCAGAUUUGCAUCUGGAGUUUCCAGAUGGAACAACCCCUGUUACUUGCCGGGUUUCUAUAUAUGAUAACUCGACAGAUAGCAAGGUUGGGGUUGGAUCAUUGAUGGACAAAGCAGUUGUACCUGCAUUGCCUGCUGGCAGCCUGUAUAUGGAGGAAGUGCACGCGAAGCUUGGUGAAGAGCUUUGGUUCACAAUAGGGGGCCAACGGAUCCCUUUUGGUGCAUCACCACAGGAUAUCUGGACUGACUUGGGUCGUCCAUGUGGUAUCCAUCAGAAGCAGGUUGACCAAAUGAUAAUACACUCUGCAUCAGACCCCCGCCAUCGAACAACACUUUGCGGGGAUCACUUCUACAACUACUUCUCCUGUGGAAUUGAUAUCUUAUUUGAUGGACAGACACAUAAGAUAAAGAAGUUUGUUUUGCAUACAAACUUCCCGGGUCAUUCAGAUUUCAAUUCAUAUAAGAAAUGCAACUUUGUUAUAUAUGAUGCUGAAGCUGAAGGUACAUAUCAGCCUGGCAAUGUCUCCAAGAAUUGCAUAACGCCUCAUACAAAAUGGACCAAGGAGAUCCUCGGUGAUUGUGGUCGAGCUGCAAUCCAGACACAAGGAUCUAUGAACAAUCCAUUUGGAUCAACUUUUGUAUAUGGAUAUCAGGAUAUUGCUUUUGAGGUGAUGAAAAAUGGAUAUAUUGCAACUGUUACUCUCUUCCAAUCAUGAGGUAUGUAAUGCAUCUACUGCCCGUAAUAUGUGAAAUCACUAAAGGAUAGCUAUGGUAAAUUUGGCCAUCCGAGCGUAUGAACUUAAAUUAAAUGGGACAAAAUUUUCUAUCGUAACAGUGUGUGAACUGUAAUGCUGUUGCGAAUUCUGGCUGAAUUAAUGGUUAGACAAGGCUGGAAAACUUGCACUUCGCUGAAAUGGAAUCUUCAGAAAUAAGUUGUGCGCUUCACCGAAACGCAACAGCAUUAUUAUGUCACUAUGAGGCUAACUCCUUGGAACUUCUUGACAGUUGUUUCUUCGGCAUGGAAUGCAGCCGCACAGUCAGUCUGGAUAAGCAUUGUAACAUUUAAUUAUUCUGUAGAUGCCGCUCAUUGUACAGGAACUAACUGUAUUCUGCGACCUUACCUUGUGUACAUAAAUGAUCGUUAUUUGUUGAAACAAGGAAAUGUACAUUCCA